AUGGCUUUGCUCUCCUGGUUAUUGGCGCUGCGGCAAGACAAACGCCUGCUCAAGCUUCCGCCUUAUCUUUCCGCACUGUGUAUAAUCGUUGGAAUAGGGUGGCUGCUUGUGCUUCCGCUGAACGAGUACUCCCGAAGGACGUAUGUUUCUGAGAAUGCGCUCUUACCAGGCCAAGUACACACGUACUUUACCGGCAGCGAGCACAAUGUCUUCAGAGCCUAUCGCCAUGAGGUCCACGGACUGAUUGACAAGCCUAUCGCCGAACGGUCCCAGCGACUUGAAGCCAUCUUCCGCGAACAGAACCUCAAAGUCGCAACCCAGCACUACAACUACACCGUGUCAAACCGUACCAUUACAAACGAAAACGUCUAUGCCAUCCUCCAAGGUCCUCGCGCCGAUGCUACCGAAGCCAUUGUGCUAAUUGGAGCAUGGAAGAACAUGGCAGACGAAGUCAACAAUUCUGGUGUCGCAUUGGUCCUGACUUUGGCUCGCUACUUCAAGCGCUGGAGUCUCUGGAGUAAGGACAUCAUCUUCCUCGUACCCGGUGACAGCACCAUUGGCUCGCAAGCUUGGGUCGAUGCAUACCAUGAGGAACACGAUCAGCGAUAUGUCGAGAGCUUAAAGAUCAAGAGUGGGGCAUUACAGGGCGCUGUUGCAGUCGACUAUCCUGCUGGUCCAUGGGGCCACCGAUACGACAAAUUGCACAUAGUCUAUGACGGAGUAAACGGCCAGCUUCCGAACCUCGAUCUGUUCAACACUGUAGUGAACAUUGCAAAUGGGCAGAUGGGCGUCAGCUGUGUGAUCCAGCGCAUGUGGGAUCACAGUGAUUCGUACAAGGAGCGACUCCAGACUAUGCUUCGAGGCAUGCUUUCGCAAGGUCUAGGCCACGCGACUGGACCGCACUCUUCCUUCAUACCGUACCAUGUCGACGCCAUUACGCUUGUGACCGUCGGCGACGGUUGGCAUGACGAGAUGACUCUCGGCAAGACGAUUGAAUCGCUCUUCCGAAGCUUGAACAACUUGCUGGAACAUUUCCACCAAAGUUUCUUCUUCUACCUCUUGCUGCAGGACAAGCGCUUCGUUAGCAUAGGCACAUACCUCCCUUCGGCCAUGCUGAUCGCCAUCAACUUCAGCAUCGCCGCUAUGGCAUUAUGGGUCAAGAGUGGACGCGCCACAGAACCAAUUCCCAAUCCCGCCUCUACAAAGCCGCAGAAGCCCUCAUCCAGCAAACCCGCUGCAGAAAAGCCAACUCAAUCGUCCGAAGACAAGGAGUCCGAAAAUGAAAACGCCAAAGAAAAAGACUCCAUUGUGAAAGCUGAUGAGCCCGCAACCGAACUCGUCGAAAAAGAUGGCGCCCUAGCCGUCGUCCCCAAACCAGCAACCACAAUAACAGAACGGCAUCUCCUCCUCCCCCUCCUCCUCGUUCUCACCGCCCACGCCGCAGGUCUAAUCCCCCUCUACCUCUUCAACAACUGGGACGCCCCUCGUCUCUCCGGCCUCUUCAUCACAGCCUGCAACAUCGAAGAAUAUGGGGGUUAA